GGUGGAUGAAUCUCUGGCGGAGUACGACGAUGUCGUCGAGCUGAAGACUCUUCAGGCUUCACUGACGCAGUUUCAGACCGAAAACCAGAAGGUCAAAGAGCGACUGGAGGCCACAGAGACCGAGCUGAAGGCCAUGAGAGAAGUACCAAAGGUGGCGUUUGCAGUUUCUCUGGGAGGUGAGGGUCUCCAGAAGACGACAACAGGAAAUCAACCUCUCAUCUACAAAACGGUCCUGACCAACAUCGGACAGGCGUACAACUCUGAGACAGGCGAGUUCACAGCACCUACUCGUGGCGUCUACUACAUCCGCUUCACAGCCAACGCUCCUACCGACUUCGACAUGAGUGCCGUUCUCUACAAAAAUGGCGCUCAGGUCAUGUUGAUCACCCACGAGCAGUUGUCCGGGGAGGGUAGCGACACGGCGUCUAACGGCGCCGCCCUGCAGCUGGAGGCCGGUGACAAGCUCUCCCUGCAGCUGUGGCAAAACACUCAGAUCUGGGACAACAGCAACCACCACAGCACCUUCAGCGGCUUCCUGCUCUUCCCCAACUGAGGACCAGCGCUGAAACACGGAGACUCCUGCUUCAGACAUUUUCCUCGACACACUAAGAAGACCUUUAACCAUCAACUC